AGUCUGUCUCCCUACGCCGUAAAUCUGUAAACAAGCGUCGAGUCAAUGUUCUCCUUUCAGAAGAUGAAGAUGACCAGGAUAGCGCUCCAUUUUCUCCGCCUCAGAAAAGAACACGGUACUCUAGGAGUCCAACUGAACCGGAGGAAGACAUAUUGAUUGACGUGGAUGAUGACCGUAGCGAAGGUCUCUUGUCCCCUUCUCGUAGCUUUACCCCACCUCAACAGCAAAAGUCAUCAUCCAAGAAACGCGAAAGUUAUCCAAGCUCUACAAGGUCUCGGGAAUCUAAGAAACGCUGGGCGGACGAUUCGGGCGAUGAGUUUGAUGUUGGCGUUAUGUCGGACGAUUUGGGAAGAGGGAUUCUAGACGAACGUGACGACGAUGAAGAAUUUGUGGAUGAUGUCCCAAAGAAGGGCAAGGGUAAGUCGUCCACCGCGAAAGUGAAGGGCAUAAAGGGUGGAAAAGGCACCAAGAAUCCAAGAGUAAAGGGCAAGGGACAAUCUCAAGAGAAGGAGAUCACAGUGAGGGAUGAGCGACAGGGAGUUGCGUCUUCAUCAAUGAAGAUACGUAUCAAGCCCUCUGUGAAUGUCGACGCCGUUCCUGUCACGAAUCCUGGCAUGGGUUCUGUAGCACCCGAUGCAGAAAAAGGUGACGGUCCUAUCCCUCAGAAAAAGCGCAAGCUUCCAUCUAUCAAGAAGAAUAAGACUGCAGCCUCCGGGACUCCUACCACGGUUGCGAAGCCUACUGCUUCGAUAAAUGCUUCUUCAAAGACAACUAUGGCGGAUGGUGUUCCCUCCACCCCCGCCGCAAGGGCAUCAGCUGGUUCACAAGGAGGCGACUUCAAUCUCCAGGACCGUAAUGUCUAUGAGAUGCUUUUCAAAAGUGUGCGUACAGUUGUAUAUAUCCUCCUUCAUUUAUUGAAUCUCGUGCAAAAUUUAGACGGGCGGAAGUAAUGCUCGCGC